UUGAGCGGAUCAGCAUGGCAGUCAUCAUAUUGAACUGUAUUACCCUCGGCAUGUAUCUACCUUGCGAGAAAGAGUGCAACACAGUACGAUGCGUGGUUCUAGACGGCUUUGACCACUUCAUCUUCGCAUUCUUCGCUGCUGAGAUGGUCAUCAAACUUCUGGCCAUGGGGGUCAAAGGUCAACAAGGGUACUUUCAUGAGACAUGGAAUCGCCUUGAUUGUUUUAUCGUCGUGGCUGGAGUUAUCGAGUAUGUCAUGCAGGCGCUGGAGUAUUCUCUACAGAUAGAAAACAUGAAUCUCACUGCUAUACGAACGAUACGAGUCCUCAGACCAUUGAGGGCUAUAAAUAGAAUACCUAGUCUACGCAUCUUAGUCAUGCUUCUUCUAGACACUCUACCAAUGCUGGGUAAUGUACUCAUGCUUUGUUUCUUUGUCUUCUUCAUCUUUGGAAUCAUCGGGGUACAACUGUGGAAAGGUCUUCUACGAAACAGAUGUUUCUUAGACCUUCCUGAAAAUGUGUCGGUCGGAGCAGGAUAUGAUGUCAAGGAAUUCUACACAUUGGCAGACCUAUAUGAGGACCAUGUCUGCAGCUUACCGGGUGACGCUGGAGAUCUUCACUGUAACUCAGACUUCAAAGAUAUGUUUAGGAUAGGGGAGCAACAAUGCAAUGCAUCGGCCGUUUCAUUUAUGAACAAUUCCUACGAUAGCAACUCGCCUGACUGUGUCAAUUGGAACCAGUACUACACAGUGUGUCAAAUAAGCGAGAAAAAUCCAUUUCUGGGGGCCAUCUCUUUUGAUAAUAUACUUUACGCUUGGGUUGCGAUAUUCCAGGUCAUCACCUUAGAGGGAUGGACGGAUAUCAUGUAUCAUAUCCAAGAUGUGCAUAGUUUUUGGAAUUGGGCGUAUUUUGUCGUACUCAUUGUAAUUGGUGCCUUCUUCCUGAUAAAUUUGUGUCUAGUAGUCAUAGCAACUCAAUUUUCUGAAACAAAACAAAGAGAGAGUAAGUUAAUGGCGGAGCAGAGGAAACGAUUUCGUUCAACGAGCACGCUGGCCAGCAACGGAGAGCCCGGGAGCUGCUACGACGAGAUCCUGAAAUACAUCGGACAUCUUGUGCGGCAGGCAAAGCGGAAAGUCCGCCGCUGGCACAAAGGUAUCCAAGGAAAGCGACAACAAAAAGUGAUGCCUGCCAUUUCGUUACGUCGCAAAAAACGUAGGACGAAAUCUGUGCAUGUGCACUGCCACCACCAUCACCACCACCACCAUUAUCACUUUGGGAACAACGGCUCUCACGCGCCAAGGGCUAGUCCUGAAAACAGUGAUAUUGGCUCCUCGCCAACCAGGCAAAAUAGACUCAUGGUGCCGUCCACAAAUGGUAGCUUAGGACCAAGCAAUGACUCGCUGCACUCCAUAACCUUUUGCACAGAGAACCUCUCCCGCUUAGAACCCAUACCCAGUCGGUCACGGUGCAAGUCGUCCCCACAUCACCACGUAGUGACCACUCUGUCCAUUCAUCGGGCCUCCUCAAUCAAUUAUCCCACCACAAACUCUAAGGAUACAAGACAGAAUAUGGCCCUGGCUAAACUGACCGCUGAGACAGCGCUGAAUACAAUGACUGAUGUGCCUCCUAAUAAGCUACAGGAGCAAUGGAAGGAACUUUGCCUUGGUGACUCCCUCAAUAAAUACAGAAUACCACCCCCUCUCAGGACCGGGAAUAAAACCAGCGGUGAUGGCCUUAUGCCAGAAGGUGGGCACCCACCUCUAGGGCAACGCCUCUCUGCCCCACCCCUCACCCAGCCACCUUCUCCUUUCCCAAUCACACGUGCCCAUCUUGCUCCCCCUUCCCCAUGUCUAUCAGUCCACUCUGCUGGCUGCCCAGUCCAUCAGCCUUGCCCAGUCCACACCCCAUGUCCCUCCCGUUCAUCGUGCCCUUCCCAUUCACCUUGCCCCUCUCGCUCGUCCUGCCCCUCCCGCUCCCCCUGCCCCUCCCGCUCCCCUUGCCCCUCCCACAGUUCACGUACCUGCCCCCAUGGUUGUCCCGAGGGCCACCCAGACUAUGAUUGGACGGAUUCCGAUUCUGAGAACGACGACAACUCGGACUUGGAGGACUCCGACUAUGAAGAAGAGGAGAAGGGGAAUCUUAAGAUAGCCAAGACGGGAGUCAGUUCGUGUUUCCGGAAGAUCCGUCAAAAGAUCGAGGAGAUUGUUGAGAGUAAAUACUUCAUGCAAGGGAUUCUAGUGUGUAUCCUCAUCAACACACUCAGCAUGGGAAUUGAAUUUCAUGGACAGCCAUCCGAGUUGACGGAAGCGUUAGAGAUCAGCAACCUCAUCUUCACCAGCCUGUUUGCUCUAGAGAUGCUUCUCAAACUACUUGCCUAUGGCCUCGUUGGGUACAUCCGAAACGGCUUCAAUGUGUUUGAUGGGAUCAUUGUUGUCGUCAGCGUUGUUGAAAUCAUGCAGCAAGGCCAAGGAGGGGGUCUCUCUGUCCUACGAACCUUCCGUCUUCUCCGAAUCCUUAAACUGGUCCGUUUCAUGCCUGCUUUAAGACGCCAGCUUCUCAUCAUGUUGAAGACCAUGGACAAUGUUGCGACAUUCUUCUCUCUCCUGUCGCUUUUUAUCUUCAUCUUCAGCAUCCUAGGAAUGCACCUGUUUGGUUGUAACUUCUGUAAAAUAGUUAAAGGAGUUGAAGAAUGCGACCGGAAGAACUUUGACAACCUCCUCUGGGCAAUUGUGACUGUGUUUCAGAUUCUUACCCAAGAAGAUUGGAACAUCGUCCUGUACAACGGCAUGUACCAUAACACCGCUUGGGCUGCAUUGUACUUCAUUGCGCUGAUGACCUUUGGUAACUACGUGCUCUUCAACCUCUUGGUGGCUAUUCUUGUUGAAGGUUUCGCUGCCGAGCCUGAGAAGAAAGAGACGAGCCUCGCUGCUGCAAGCAGAGAGAGUUUGGAUGAAGAGGAUGAAAGAUACGACGAUGAGAUGGGAGAGAAGAAGGAGGAGGGACAAGAUGUUCAAUCCAUCGUCUCUAUCAAGGAUACCUCAGAUGAGAAGCAACUCGCCUUACUUGCCCCCGAUGUCACCCAGUCGCCUCCUCCAGGGGGUCUAACGAGCCCCCCAAUCAUCACCCGCACUGCGGCAACACCUCAGGGAUCCCCAAUGUGUGAACAGCCUAAGGAAUUCAAGGGACCUUUUCUUGAUACUCAGUCUAUUGACUCGGACUCAGUGUCCUCCUUCCACAUCCAUGGCUCUCCCCGUCCACCACGCAGUGCCCUCUCUCGGAACGGUUCUGGUCGUACUAGAGGCAUCCUCUCCACCAAUCCUACUCAGAUGAGAGAUCGUCACUACCUACGACCUUUCCAGUUGCCUGAAGGUGACCACAACACCGAUAGUGACAUCCACUCUAACAUCAGCAGCCGUAUGAGCAGUCGAAGAAGUUCAUCUCAAGAGAACUCCGACCACAACGGUUACGUUCCCGACACAGACAGCCGACGUACCUCUGUAGCUAGCUGCAACGGAGACAGCCGCCGUACUUCUUACAUCUCAUGCAAUGGUGGCUCCUUCACAGCGCAGCUAGAUAAACAGAUCAUGGAGGCCGAGAAGAGAAGUAGCCGAGGCUCAAUGGGGAGGAUGAGUCACCAUGACGAAGAGGAGAUAAUCUUUGAUCCAGAUCAGGUGGAUGAGGCAGAUUGCAAUUUGACAAAGUGUUGUCCAGAGCCGAAAGGAUGUUUCAAAACUCGAAUGGAACACUCGCUGUAUAUACUCUCACCACACAACAGAUUUCGACGAAGAUUACAGAGUUUAAUUGCCCAUAAGUGGUUUGACUACGCUGUACUUUUGAUCAUCUUUGUGAAUUGCAUCACUCUAGCCAUGGAACGACCAGACAUUAAAGAGGACAGUGUGGAGAGAACUCUUCUUAACAUCUCCAACUACAUCUUCACCGGCAUCUUCACCUUUGAGAUGGUGGUUAAGGUCUUAGCGAAGGGCUUCCUGUUUGGUGAGCAUGCCUACCUCUACAGCGGUUGGAACAUCAUGGAUGGUAGCCUGGUCAUUGUCUCCUGGAUUGAUAUCACUAUUAUACUAGUCUCAUCCAAUAGUCCAGAGAUCUUCGGUAUACUCCGGGUGUUCAGGCUACUAAGGACUCUCAGGCCAUUGAGGGUCAUUAGUAGAGCCCCUGGUCUGAAGCUUGUCGUCCAGACCUUAAUGUCUUCACUUCGUCCAAUCGGUAACAUUGUCAUUAUCUGCUGCACUUUCUUUGUCAUCUUCGGAAUCCUCGGUAUUCAGCUAUUCAAGGGCACCUUCUAUUAUUGCACCGGUCCUAACAUCAAACACGUCAUGAAUAAAACGCACUGCACCGACACCCAUCCAAGUAAUCGAUGGGUCAAUCGGCAGUACAACUUUGACGAUUUAGGACAGGCGCUGAUGGCUCUGUUUGUUUUGGCCUCCAAAGAUGGGUGGGUGGAGAUUAUGUACAAUGGAAUCGAUGCUGUUGGUGUUGAUAUGCAGCCAAAACAAAACAACAACGAGUGGCUCAUCCUCUUCUUCAUCUCCUUCAUCCUCAUCGUUGGCUUCUUUGUCUUGAACAUGUUCGUCGGUGUCGUCGUUGAGAACUUCCACAAGUGUCGUGAGCAACAGGCGGCGGAGGAGUCGGCGCGUAGACAUGCAAAGCGAAUGCGCAAACUGGAGAAGGCGCGACAGAGUAUGUCUCGGGCCAGAGAUGGGGAUGACGAGUCUUUGCAAAAAAUACCAGAAAUUAGAGCAAGAGAACAGCCCUACUAUGCAGUAUACUCAAGGCCGAGACGCGUGAUCCAUGAUCUUGUCAUCAAUAAAAACUUUGAUUUGAUUGUAGCUGCAAUUAUCUUUAUCAAUGUCAUCUCCAUGGCCAUUGAACACUAUGGCAUGCCAGAGCUAUUAGAGGAAAUCUUAAGGUACUUCAACUAUGUCUUCACAGUGGUCUUCAUUAUUGAGGCUUUGCUCAAGAUCACAGCCUUGGGUUUCUUGAGAUACAUCAAAGAUAGGUGGAAUAAAUUGGAUAUAUUCAUCGUGAUUUUAUCCAUUGCGGGAAUCUUUCUAGAGGAGUUACAGACUGGAAUCAUUCCCAUCAACCCUACAAUCAUCAGAAUCAUGAGAGUUCUCAGGAUUGCAAGAGUUCUCAAGUUGCUAAGGGUAGCUAGUGGAAUUCGUGCUCUUUUGGAUACUAUAUCCCAAGCCCUCCCUCAGGUGGGCAACCUGGGUCUUCUCUUCUUUCUACUCUUCUUCAUAUUUGCUGCUCUUGGAGUGGAGCUAUUCGGGCGUCUCGACUGCACAAUCGACAAUCCAUGCCAAGGUCUUGGAAGACAUGCCUCCUUCAAGAACUUCUUUAUUGCUUUCCUGACUCUCUUCAGAAUAGCAACGGCGGAUAACUGGAACGGAAUCAUGAAGGAUACACUAAGAAGAGAUAAAUGCAACAGCGGCCCAAACUGUGUCUACAACUGCUGCGCCAGUGCCAUCCUCGCCCCAAUCUACUUCGUCUGCUUUGUGCUCAUGGCUCAGUUUGUCCUCGUUAAUGUGGUCGUUGCUGUCUUGAUGAAGCAUCUUGAAGAAUCUCACAAGAUGGAGCAAGAUGAGGAAGACGACAGGCUAGCCCUGGAGGAGGAGUUUCGUUUGGCUGAGAAAGGGGAGGCAGAGAGGAAAGAGGAGGAAGAAAGUCGUCAGCAGAGAGGAGAGGAACCGGCGAAUAGCUCAGAUGAUAAUGAUCCAGAGACUCCGUUCACGCCACUGCUUAAGCCUCUUCAUUCCUCUGACAUCGUUGUAAGUGUGCCACCAUCUCAGGAUGCUGCCACGGUUGAGAGAGAGACGGAUCGUCCUGAUGGAGGUAAACUCUUGAAUCCACCAACGUCUCUUCAACUGUACGGAGCCCCUGAUGGCAAAGGUUCCUCUGCCCCUGAUGUCGUCUGUGCUGAGGAUCAGUCAGAGACUGGAGGAGCACCACAUCCAAGUACACCUAGCAGGGAGAGGCAACAUCAAGUAUCAUGUCUGGUACCUCACAUUCAUCUACCAUCUUCAGACAACGACCGAUCAUCUUCAUCCUCAUCUUUAUCUCAUCACCUUAUGGGUGCCGAGACGCAAAGAUUGAGCCAAGAUUCCGACCAUGGAAACAAUAACCACAGUCCAGCCUCGAGGAGCUCCUUGUCGACAAACUCCCCCGUGGCUAGAUCAGACAGCGACCAAGACAGGACAGGUCUGAGCAGUAAAGACGCUGCUCAACAUCUUAAUCCACUCUCGGGUGUGGCACACCCCGACCGAGAUCCCAACACUGACCCUUUAUCUAAAAGUGGUGAAACAGACGCAAACCCCCGACUCGAGGAGCUACCAAUGCAGCAGUGGCCGCGGAAAAAUAGCGGAUCCUCAACAAACGGUGGAAACAAACAAUUACAUGAUGAGUCCGUGAGGCAAAAGUCUAGGGAUUUGGACCCAAACAGUAAGGUUCGUCAGCACCCGAGGGUACGAAGGGGAGCCCGAGCAACCCCAACAAGCAACCCCAAUAACCUCACAUCAGGGGGUGCAGUCCCCAAUAAGACUCAUCGUAGGACAUCAAAGGGCAGUGUGGCAAACAGUUCUAGCGAUAGUGAUAGUAAUUCUCCUCCGAAUCGGAAAAGAACUCGCAGGAGACAGCGUCAUUCACCGAGUAAGACACCACCCCUGAAGUUGGAGGACAACACUUCAUUAUCCAGCAGCAGGGAACCAUCUGUUAGCAGUGAAAUCCCCGACACACAAGUUGAAUCUGCCAAGCGAGAUUCAAGGGAGGGGCGGAAAUCGACCGACAGCUCAGAGAAAACCAAGAGUGGAAAAGGACCAGAUGAACUGGUAUGACAGUUGGUGGUCUCUGGCAUUUUUUAUAUAAACUAAAUCGGGAUGUAAAGAUACCUGUUUCAAACAACACCGUGAUAACCGGAAUAAUACUACUACAAAAAUAGCUGAUGAGAACGUAAUGUAUAAUGUGUGGUAAAUAUUUUUCACAUAAAAUAAAAAAAGUAAGACAAGUGGACUAGUUAACCAAAGACUAGAAAAGAAAUAAAAAGUGGUGUAUUGUGGACAUGAUCCAGUUUCCCCCCAAGUGCAUGAUAUUUUCUAAGUGGGGCAUGUCGUAUGCAUUUUACUUUCGUUUGUAUGCUCACACAAGUGUUCCUUUAAUAUCAGCAUUAUGCAUUCCCACAUGUCUCCAAAACUCACUGUUUAUAAUCCAUUUUGUAUAUAGGACAACGCAGAAAUGAUUCUUGGGGACUGUACACAUUGUUUGCUUGCAAUAAGUUGUCAAAAAAGUUUGGUAUAAAACGGACAAUUAUAAAGCACUACUAUCCUUUCCUGCCCCCCCCCCUAAUGUCUGCCAUGUUUCCCCACCCCCACACCCCCCCCCCCCCCUCCAGAAUAUAUGUAUAUGUACAAAUCAUGCAUAUAUAAUCGAUAAUAAUUUUUUACACUGAUGUACAUUAUGUUGCUCUCAAAAGACAAGAUUUCUUUGUAAAAUUCAAAACUGAUUUGCAGUUGUUAAACAAUGGAGAACACCUAGUGAUAUGACUUACGUAAAGGCCAUGUACAGUUUCGGUGAAGUAUAUUUUGUAUUUUUUGAAUGUCUGAUAUUUUUGGAUACGUAAUUAUUUUCAGUUGUAACAAAUGAAUGAUACAUGUGUUUGGUUUUUAAUGUCAAAAGCGGAUACAAAAAACAAACCACUGUACGGUCUCACAUAAAGUCAUGCACACCGCACUGUUUGGACCCACACAAGUAUAAAUUCAUUUUGUGACUAUUUGUGAUUUACUUUUAAACGUUCACAACGAAAUCAACACUAGCAUGGCUGAUCAAAGUUAAUACAUUUUGUAAAAUCUCUUAAAGUCAUUCAUGUAAACUUGAAAUUGUGCCACAAACUGAAAAAAAUGCUUGGUCUGAUGUUUUAGUCACAGAUCACAAUCCCUCUUUUUAUGAUAUAGUUUUAAACUUUCAAUAAUUACUGUUUCUGGCCCGAAA